CGUCGGCACCCGCUGCUCAUUGCGCCGUACGACCCGCUCAGCACGGUGAUCGCCCGUGCUUCCUCCGUCGCGCCUCCCGGGCCGUAUCUCCGUCCUCACGUGUCGCGCCUGCGCGCUUCCCUUCCCGUCUGCACGUCCCCAUUGACACGCGCAGAAUCGUCGUAG